GGUGCCGGGCGGAGCUGUCCGUCGCUGGCGGUGCUGAGCGAGUGGCGGAGCCGCCGCCGCCCCGCGGAGCCCCGAUGGGAAAUGCAUCCAACACCUCAGUGUUCGUCUCCACCUUAUCGGAGAGAGAAGACCUGAUUUUUGGCACUCUCUAUUUAGUCUUUGGCAUCAUGUCCCUGUCUGGGAACUCCCUGCUGCUGCUGGUGGCCCAUCAGAAGAGGUCCCUGCUGAAACCUGCCGAGCUCUUCAUCGUCAACCUGGCCAUCAGUGACCUGAGCAUGACGGUGACGCUCUUCCCCUUGGCCACCUCCUCCUUGUUUGCACACAGGUGGCUCUUUGACCAGGCUGUGUGCACGCUCUACGCCUUCUGCGGGGUCCUGUUCGGGCUGAGCAGCCUGGCCAGCCUGACGGUGCUCAGCACGGUCUGCUGCCUCAAGGUCUGCUACCCGGCAUAUGGGAGCAGGUUCUCACACGGCCAUGCCAUGGGGCUGCUGCUGGCUGUGUGGGCCUACGCCCUGGCCUUCGCUGCCGCGCCCCUGGCCCGCUGGGGCAGCUACGGCCCCGAGCCCUACGGGACGGCCUGCUGCAUCACCUGGGAGCCCUCCAGCAAGGAGGCCAUGCUCUACAUCCUCGCCCUCCUCAUCUGCUGCUACCUGCUGCCCUGCCUGCUCAUCCUGGCGUCCUAUGCACUGAUCCUGUGGACGGUGUGGGCAUCACGGAGAGCCCUGAGGAGGCACAGGCACAUGUCCCCCCGGCGCGGGAACCGCGGCCUGCGCGGCCUGCACGGGCUGCUCCUCAGGCUGAGCAUCACCGUGUGCCUGGGGUUCCUGGCUGCCUGGACUCCCUACGCUGUGCUGGCGCUCUGGGCCCUGCUCGGGGAUGCCAGCCAGGUGCCAGCGCUGGCCUUCGUGCUCUCGGCCGUCUUUGCCAAGUCCUCGACGCUCUACAACCCGCUGGUGUGCCUGCUGCUCAAGCCCACCUUCCACAGGUUCCUCUCCAGGGACAGGGCUCCUCUCCUGCAGGCCCUGUGCACGCUCCUGUGCUGCGCCUGCCAGGGCACUGUGCUCCAGCCCGGCCCGGCCUGGGGCUGCAGGAGCUGCAGCGAUGUUCCUGAGCGUCUCAGUGCCUGCCCCCGGUGCUGCACUGCCCCCCGGCUGCCCGGCAGCCCUGCCCAGCGCGGGGCCCUGGCCGUGCUGGCCGGCGGAGCCGCGGGGCAGCCGGGGCUCAGGAGCGCGGUGCAGGUGAUGGUGCUGCUCACACGGAGAUGGUCAGGCCCGGGCACUGCCAGCGUGGCAGGGGAGCGUCUCCACCGGAGCCGCUCCAGAGCGAGUCCCUCUGCUCCCUCCGUCCCGCCGGCCGCCGCCAGAGGGCGGCAGCGAACAGCGCACCGGGCCGCAGGUGCGGCGCCACCGAGCCGAGGCACCGGCAACGGCCCGGAGGGACCGGGAACGGCCGGGAGGGACCGGGAACGGCCGGGAGGGACCGGCAACGGCCCGGAGGGACCGGCAACGGCCCGGGGGCACCGGGAACGGCCCGGAGGGACCGGCAACGGCCCGGGGGCACCGGGAACGGCCCGGAGGGACCGGCAACGGCCCGGAGGGACCGGGAACGGCCCGGGGGCACCGGCAACGGCCCGGAGGGACCGGGAACGGCCCGGAGGGACCGGCAACGGCCCGGGGGCACCGGGAACGGCCCGGAGGGACCGGCAACGGCCCGGGGGCACCGGCAACGGCUCGGGGGCACCGGCAACGGCCCGGAGGGACCGGCAACGGCCCGGGGGCACCGGCAACGGCCCGGGGGCACCGGGAACGGCCCGGAGGGACCGGGAACGGCCCGGAGGGACCGGCAACGGCCCGGGGGCACCGGGAACGGCCCGGAGGGACCGGCAACGGCCCGGGGGCACCGGCAACGGCCCGGAGGGACCGGCAACGGCCCGGGGGCACCGGCAACGGCCCGGGGGCACCGGGAACGGCGCGGAGGGACCGGCAACGGCCGGGAAUCGCCGGGAGGCGCGGCCCUCGGGCACGGCAGCGGGACUGGGGCAUUGUGCCACCCCGGGGUAA